AUGGUGAGGACACGAGUUGCAGUUACUGAUGACGUUACCCCCGGAGCAGGUGUCUCUAGGGGCAGAGGUAGAGGCCGAAGAGGAACACACGCCGCAACUAGAGAAUUUGCUCGAGCAGCAGUUGAGAAGCCGCCAGUAGCUCCGUUUUUCACUUUCUUAUAUCUCUUCACAUUUACUUUUGCUUCCACUGAGGAAGCAACUGCUCUCCUCAAAUGGAAAGCCACUUUCCAAAACCAGAAUAAUACCUUGUUGGCUUCUUGGAAACUAAGUUCUGAUGCAUGCAGGGGCUGGUAUGGAGUUAUAUGCGUCAACGGUAGGGUAAACAAGUUGAAUAUUACAAAUGUUGGUGUCAUUGGCACGCUCUAUGAUUUUCCAUUUUCGUCCCUCCCUUUUCUUGAAUAUGUUGAUAUUAGCAUGAACCAGCUCUCUGGCACUAUCCCACCUGAAAUAGGCAAACUCACUAAUCUUGUCUAUCUUGACUUGUCGACUAAUCAGAUUUCAGGCACAAUCCCGCCACAAAUUGGCGCACUUGUCAAUCUUGUUGAAGCUCGUCUUCAGAAAAACCAAUUAACAGAUCAUAUUCCUCUAGAAAUAGGUAACUUGAUCAAUGCAAAAAAUUUCUAUGCUUUCUCCAAUGAAUUGUCUGGUCCUAUUCCUGCUGAAAUAGGAAAAAUGAAGUCACUUGAGCAUUUAUUGUUAUAUAGAAACAAUCUUUCUGGUCCAAUCCCAAACAGUAUAGGUGAUUUAAUUGAGCUCAAACUUUUGUACCUUUAUGUUAACAAACUUUCUGGCUCCAUUCCUAGUGAGUUGGGAAAUCUGGAAAACCUCAUGGAUCUGGAAUUAUCGCGUAAUCAACUUGCUGGUCCAAUUCCUGCUUCAUUUGGCAAUUUGAGAAACUUGCAAUUUCUGUUUCUUCAUGUUAAUAGACUUUCUGGCUCCAUUCCUGCAGAAAUAGGGAAAAUGAAGUCACUUGAGCAUUUAAUCUAA